GAGCUGCCGCCAAACUACCGGAAAAUUAUCAGCAGGCGCGUAAGAGAGGGCGGUGGAGACUGCGAACCUGCGAUCACGGAUGCCGAGAUCAUCCUUGUUGAUAUGGAGACGCCUGCUGCACGCGAGUAUGCCGAGAAGUACGGCAAGACGAGGGUAGUUUUGGACGCUGGAUGGGUGAAAAAGUGUUGGGAUCAGAACCGUUUACUGUGGGAACACGAUAAUUGGGCAGGGUAUCGACUGGAACCCAGAGAUCAAAGCCAUGGGACACGACGAUCUUCUACCUUGUCCCGUGAAGCGGACACAGCGGUAUCUUCCCCUGGAACGGCGCAUGAGCAAGUUAAUUGGUUUCAAUCCCAUUCUGCUCCGCAGAAGGAGCAGCAGCGGCAGGUUGAUCAGGUUAAGCAAGGGGGAAGUCCACUUCCAGCUCCAGCCGCCUCUAGAUUUGGACGAACCACCACUUCCAACUCGUAUGGCUCUUGGCGGAGGUGUUUCCGGUUCGAAGUACUCUGAAGAAGAAGUGCUUAGUGAAAUUGCGAACCGGCUGCGGACGCAUACGUUAAGUGGCUGGUCCACGUACUAUCGCAGACAUCACAAGGAGCUCAUACCAAUACUUGAGGGUCGCUAUGGCCGUCUUCCUGAUUCGUUCUAUAUUGCCGAUGUCAGCUCAUCGACCAAGAUCCAACGUCCUACAAUUCCAAAACGUCGUCGAACUGAUCUACCAGUGCCAUGUGAUGACACUCCCGUCCAAUAUCGUGCCGGAGGUGUAGCUCUCGCACAUGAGGAAGCCGACUAUGGCCCCAACCAUGUCGCGUGGAGACCCCAUGAUGAUCCACAGGUGGCAGAUCAGGGUCGGUGCCCAAAGAAAUCCUUACCAGUGAAUCACUUUUCCAUGCACACCGCUUUCGCAUUGAUCAUUGACUUUGCCCUCUAA